CAAUAAUUUAUUUCUGUCAGUUUCUUCGAUUUUGUGUUCAUUUCAUGCAUGGAUUGUGAAUUUUACGGAUUUGUAAUUAGAAAUAUAUAUCGGGGACAGUUUCCUUCUUAUUAAUAUGAUCUAAAAUGUCACAAAACAGUAUCUUCUAUGCAACUGACCUGUUAAAAUAAUCUAGUGAUACGUUAUAAUUGUAUAUAGUGGCAAAAUAAAUAUUCAAGAUGGUUUUAGCAGAUUUAGGUCGUAAAAUAACAACUGCCUUGCAGUCUCUUAGCAGGGCUACUAUCAUUAAUGAAGAAGUUUUGAAUUCUAUGCUGAAACAAAUUUGUGCUGCUUUAUUAGAAGCUGACGUUAAUAUCCGUUUAGUAAAGAACCUUCGUGAGAAUGUACGUGCCGUCAUUGACUUUGAUGAAAUGGCUGGAGGGCUCAAUAAGAGGAGGAUGAUACAGUCAGCUGUUUUCAAAGAACUGGUCAAACUUGUCGACCCUGGAGUGAAACCCUACCAGCCUAUUAAAGGCAAACCCAAUGUCAUCAUGUUUGUGGGUCUACAAGGGUCAGGAAAAACAACAACAUGUACAAAGCUGGCUUACCAUUACUUGAGGAAGAACUGGAAGUCAUGUUUAGUCUGUGCUGACACCUUUAGAGCUGGUGCCUAUGAUCAGGUCAAGCAGAAUUGUACUAAAGCCAGAAUACCAUUCUAUGGAAGCUACACAGAAGUGGACCCUGUUGUGAUAGCCACAACUGGUGUGGACAUGUUCAAAAAGGAAGGCUUUGAAAUGAUUAUUGUGGAUACAAGUGGUCGCCACAAACAGGAGGAAUCUUUGUUCGAGGAGAUGUUGGCAGUUGCUAAUGCCAUUAAACCAGACAACAUUAUAUUCGUCAUGGACGCAACAAUAGGUCAGGCUUGUGAAGCCCAAGCCAGGGCUUUCAAAGACAAAGUGGACAUCGGUUCUGUUAUUAUCACCAAGUUGGAUGGACACGCCAAGGGUGGUGGAGCUCUAUCGGCAGUUGCAGCCACCCAGAGUCCUAUCAUCUUUAUAGGAACAGGAGAACACAUUGAUGAUUUAGAGCCAUUCAAGACAAAGCCUUUCAUAAACAAGCUGCUGGGCAUGGGUGACAUUGAAGGCCUGCUAGAUAAAGUCAAUGAGCUCAAGUUGGAUGAUAAUGAUGAGCUGUUAGAAAAACUUAAGCAUGGGCAGUUCACUCUCAGAGCUAUGUAUGAGCAGUUCCAGAAUAUUAUGAAAAUGGGACCUUUUUCACAAAUCAUGGGAAUGAUACCAGGAUUUUCUCAAGACCUUAUGUCCAAAGGUAGUGAACAGGAAUCAAUGGCGAGGUUGAAGCGCCUUAUGACCAUCAUGGACUCUAUGAAUGAAGGGGAAUUAGACCAUCGCGAUGGCGCUAAGCUAUUUACAAAGCAACCCACCAGAAUUACCCGCGUCGCACAAGGCGCUGGAGUCACCGAGAGAGAUGUCAAAGACCUCAUUGCUCAAUAUACCAAGUUUGCUGCGGUUGUCAAAAAGAUGGGCGGUAUCAAGGGACUCUUCAAAGGCGGCGAUAUGGCGAAAAAUGUUAAUCAAACUCAAAUGGCGAAACUCAAUCAACAGAUGGCUAAAAUGAUGGAUCCUCGUAUUUUACAGCAGAUGGGAGGCAUGUCGGGGUUGCAUAACAUGAUGAAGCAGUUGCAACAAGGAUCUAGUGGAAUGAGUAGUUUAAUGGGUGGGAAAUGACAGUAGGUUGUUAUGCUUUUAAGCCUGUUUGUUUUACUAUACUUACUCCAUAUUAAUCAAUAAAGGAUAAUGUACUCUAUAAAA